CAAAACUUUGAAUCAGUCUAUCGACCAAACAAAACAACAAAAAAAUAAUAAUAAAAUUAUAUCUACAUAGGUACCUCAUAAUUUCUUCGAGUGCGAGUACCUGAAGAUAAUCUUGUUUUAUUGUUCUUUUCGAAAUAAUGUCAAGUUCUUUGCCAAUAAGCGUGGAAGAUUUAAAUAAUCUCCAGGAGGAGUGUCUCGGUCGUUUGAAGAAUGAUGAACUACAUCAUUUACGGAAUGAUGCAAAGCUGCGUGCAGUAUAUACUAGCAAGUCUUAUGAUGAGUUUAAAGACAUAGUGGACGCAGCACAUUUAAAACCUAUCACUCGGAAAGAUAAAUCUGAUGCAACAACUCGUUCUCGGUUAUGGAACUCAGCUGCAAAAGAAGAUUAACAAGUUCAGAUUGAGUGUUAUUUUGUAACAUUCCCUACGCAUAGUAAAAACAAAUAAAAAAUUUUGAAAAAA